AUGGAAGAAACUAUCUAUAGAAUGAGUCUUUCGGAAAAUAUUCUUGUUUUGGUUAUUCUUGGUUUAUGGUUGUUUACGGUGAUAUGUUUGGCACGAAAACUAGAACGAAUAUGUAAUCCACCAUCAAUACGGCCGAAUUAUUAUAUGAAUAAUAAAACAAGUUUAAGUCCAUCUACACUUGAUGAACGAUAUGCAGCUAAUUCAACACAAUCAACAGCACCAUCGCCUAGUCAUCUUUUACGUGCUACUUCCGAACCAACUAUUGAUGCAUCACCUCGAACAACAAUUCAUAUACAUUCUCCAAGUGAAACUUGUCUAUACAAUAAAUCGUCUAUAUCUGAGAAAAUUCUAUCACCAAGUACAAUUGAACUUGGACAAAGUACUAUUUCAUUAAAUCCUUUACAUCCGAAUAAUCAACGAGUGCGCCUUGAAAUGAAUCCGUACAGGCAGCUGCCUGCACAUCAAGCGUUAAAUCCAAAAAGAAUUCCAUCAAUAGUUCGACGAAGUCUAUUAGAUUUACACCGACGUGCUUUAAUUUCAAAUACAUCAUCGCCCGCUUUUGUAAAUCAUUCUCGUGUUAGUAGAAUGGAAAAUCGAACAGAAUUAGCAAAGAAUAGAAUUUCGUUGACAAGAAAAAAAUAUCAACGAGAAAAUGCAAUAGAUGAAGAUGAAUUUUCGAAAGGUAAGAUGUGUUGUUUGAUCUAA